UUGAGGUCGCAGCCGGCGUCCUCCGGCCUCCGGCUCUGCUGGGGCGUGAGGACGGCCUCCGCAGCCCGCUCCCACCCUGGCGCUUUCUGCAGCGGCGACCAUGGCGCGGAGAGACGCCCCGCAGGACAGCUACUACCUGGUUGGAAUCAGCUUCUUCGUCCUGGGACUUGGCACUCUCCUUCCGUGGAACUUCUUCAUCACCGCCAUCCCGUACUUUCAGGCACGCCUGGCGGGGCUGAACAGCACAGCCGAGACCCUGAGCUCCAACCACACAGGUCCCACAGACACUUUCAACUUCAACAACUGGAUGACACUGCUGUCCCAGCUGCCCCUGCUGCUGUUCACCCUCCUUAACUCUUUUCUGUACCAGUGCAGCAUUCCUGAGGUGGUGCGCAUUCUGGGCAGCCUGCUGGCCAUACUACUGCUCUUUGCCCUGACAGCAGCGUUGGUCAAGGUGGACAUGAGCCCAAGGCUUUUCUUUUCCAUCACCAUGGUUUCCAUCUGGUUCAUCAACUCCUUCUGCGCAGUGCUACAGGGCAGCCUCUUCGGACAGCUAGGCACCAUGCCAUCCACCUACAGCACCAUCUUUCUCAGCGGCCAGGGCCUUGCUGGGAUCUUCGCUGCCCUUGCCAUGCUCAUGUCCAUGGCCAGUGGUAUGGAUGCCCAGACCUCUGCCCUGGGGUACUUCAUCACACCUUGUGUGGGCAUCCUCCUGUCCAUCGUGUGUUACCUGAUCCUGCCCCACCUGGAAUUUGCCCGCUACUACCUUGCCAAGAAGUCCUCACACGUCCCAGCUCAAGAACUGGAGACCAAAGCUGAGCUCCUUCAGUCUGAUAAGAAGAAUGGGAUUCCCAACAGCCCCCAGAAAGCAACCCUGACCCUGGAUCUUGACCUUGAGAAGGAGCCAGAACCUGAAGCAGAUGAGCCUCCGAAACCAGAAAACGCUUCAGUCUUUGUUGUCUUCCGGAAGAUCUGGCUGAUGGCGCUGUGCCUUGUGUUGGUCUUCACAGUCACCCUGUCCGUCUUUCCUGCCAUCACAGCCAUGGUGACCAGCUCCACUGGCCCCGGGAAGUGGAGUCAGUUCUUCAACCCUAUCUGCUGUUUUCUGCUUUUCAACAUCAUGGACUGGCUGGGCCGGAGCCUGACUUCCUACUUCCUCUGGCCAGAUGAGGACAGCCGAUUGCUGCCCCUGCUGGUAUGCCUGCGAUUCCUGUUCGUGCCUCUCUUCAUGCUGUGCCAUGUGCCCGAGCGAGCACGGCUACCCAUCCUCUUCCGGCAGGAUGCCUAUUUCAUCACGUUCAUGCUGCUGUUUGCCAUCUCCAAUGGCUACCUGGUGUCCCUCACCAUGUGCCUGGCGCCCAGGCAGGUGCUGCCACAUGAGAGGGAGGUGGCUGGUGCCCUUAUGACCUUCUUCCUGGCCCUGGGACUCUCCUGUGGUGCCUCUCUCUCCUUCCUCUUCAAGGCGCUGCUCUGAAGGGGACAUCAGGGCUCCCCACAGCCCUCUUCUCAUUGCCCUUCUGCAACUGAGACCGACCCAGACCCAAGAGAAGGAACAGGCCAAACUCAGGCCUCUGCUGAGCCUGGGCCCUUCACCUAUAUGUGGUCAGAAUGGGCAGAAGCUGCUCUCCAUCCCCAGCUGGUGGCCACUUGUGUUCUAUAAGAAACAGCCCACCACAGGGCGUCCUGUCCUUCACCAGGGAUGGGCUAGGGUGAAGAGGGACAGGCUUUACUGAAGUGGGUGAUCAGGGAAAAGGGCACAGGGCCAGGGCUCUUCCUGCCAUAGGACUGCACCUGUUCACCCAGAAGCCACUUGCUGAGACUCAGGCGCAGAGCUGCCUACCAGUGGGGCUGCUGAGGGUGCGGCCGAUACGACCUGGGGCGGUUGGCGGGGGACAGGCAGGAGUCCCUGUGGUCCCAUCCUUCCCGCCCAGAGCCAAGCGUGCUAGGGAAGUUUUUUGGGGGGUGUCUCUGAGGGUGCUCAAAGGGCCAGGCUCUGACCCUCAAAACAGUGUUUUCAUGGCCAGCACCUAGUCCUUACUCCCCAGAGACCAGCUGGGCCCAACUUCCAGAAUGACAGCCUGCAUGUGGGGGGAGUACACUUUCCAGUUUGUAAAGGUUCUUUCCCUUCCCGCCCUCCCCAAGCCUUACUGAGGCCUUGAGAGAAGUUGAGCAGGGGUCUGUCACCCUAUUGCACAGGUGAGGAAAAUGAGUCCCAGGAGGAGUGAGUGGUCCAUGGUAGAGCAGGGACACUGGCCCCAUCUCUCCAUGCCCUGCAGGUGCUAUUUCUCCUAUGUGUCACCUGCUCCUCAAGGGGCUCAGGACAGGAGCCCUAAGCAUAUAUCCCACCUUUUCUCCCCAAUUCUUCCAGAUUGCCUGCUGCUGCUCCCAGAUCUAAUUAUAGC